AUGGUUGUUAGAGAUAGUCCCGCCUUCUCCGUGGUCUCGGCCGUCUCCCUAUUGGCCUGUGCUCUGCAGGGGGCGGCGGCCUAUCUGCUGAUGCUGCGAGUGGGCGGGAAAUGCUCCACCGUGGACCGCGGCGUGCUGACCUGGCUCUUCUACGACGUCAUCGUCCACGUCACCUUGGAGGGACCCUUCGUGUGGAUGUCUCUGUGGGGGUCCGUGGAGACGUCUGAAGGACCUCUGGCCCAACUGUGGCAGGAGUACGGGAAGGCAGACCAGCGCUGGCUCAUCUCUGACCCCGGGAUCGUGUCUGUGGAGAUUCUCACUGUGGUCCUCUGCACGGCUCUCGGUCUCGCUCUGAUCCACGCCGUAGUCUACCACAAACACUACAGGCACUUGCUGCAGAUAUCCCUGAGCGUGUGUGAGCUGUACGGAGGCUGGAUGACCUUUGCUCCGGACUGGCUCCAGGGCUCUCCUCACCUGAACCGGGCCUCUUCCUGGUUGCACCUGUGGGUCUACCUGGUCUUCUUCAACGGCAUCUGGGUCCUAGUGCCUGGACUGUUGCUGCUGCAGUCCUGGGGCGCACUGAGGGCCCUGCACCGGGACCAGGGGAAGCACCGAUGA